AUGCCGAAUAUUGAUCAAGACCAAGAAGAAGGUUCCAAAGAUAUACGUCAGCUCUUAGAUAAGUGGGUAGCGGUGGUCAGAGAAAAAAAGACCUUGAACCAGGUUAGCGAGAUCAAGGAUAUUGGACCAUCGCACCCACAUCAGUUAAAAUGGACGGUGGUAGUCAGAGAAUUUGACCGAGUUAAUCUAUUGGCAUAUGAAACUGUGAAAGAAAUCGUUCAACUCCGAGAUCCGGAGAGGGACCCUACUGCAGCUGAGAAAUCGCUCAUGGACUCAAUCAAUGAAUUUAACGCGUUUGUGGGGGAUGAUUUUUUCAGAUUUUUGCAAGGCAAAUAUGCGGAGGAGUUUAUCAAGAUUCAAGGCGAAAGAAUAUAUCAAGAGUGGCUGAAGGAGGUUGAUUCACUGCCGGUGUUGGAUACAACGACUUUGAAGACAUUUUUAUAUUCCAUAGACGAACAAAUCUCUCAUGAAAGCCGAUUUAAAGAAACACGAAUCAUGUUCGUCGCAGCGGCUCUUAGCGUCCUCGAUCUGUCACACAGGCACGGCCUGAUCGCAGGAGAAGAAGUGGUCACAUUUUUUGAUGACGAAAAAUUAAUCAAGAUGGUUGGAGAGCACCUUGUUCUUCUCUACGGCGAAAAAUAUCCCAAUUUCCACAACUCCGCGACCUUCAAGCCUGAUAUGGAUUACUUACUACGGGACCCGCUCACCUCGCAUUUGCAUUCGUGUUUAUCAAUCCUUACAAAACCAAUCCAGGGGAAGAUCAUCUACAGAUCAAUCCAAUCAGCUUUCGAAGACACUGUGCCGAAAAACGAAGCAGUUUGGGAGGGAAAUUUGCCGUUCUUGCAAGCAUGCCAAGUUUUCUUGGAUGAUUCUUUCCUGAAAGAUUUUGAAUGGAAAGGGUCUGAUCCAGGAGGUAUCGUUUCGGACGUUGCUUCAGACUCUGAAGCAACGUCCGAAACGAUACCUCCUUUUCCCGCCAACGUAGAAGUGGCUUACGCUCAAUUCGCCAAGGUGUUGACGGAAAUUCCACCUGGUACUAAUCAGAUAGAACUUUUAACGUGUGUGCAUUUUUUGAACUUCCUAAACACCUAUAACGCCCACAUCAUAGAAGUUCAAAAUUUGGUAUUCUCGAGGUCGGAGCUCAAAGUAUUCGAGGAGAAAUAUGGCGUAAUAAUGGAUGGCCUCAAAAUGCACGAAGUCCAAAACAUGCUCUUUUCCGGCGGUCGUUUGAGGACCUCAAAGGCUCUCAUUGGUUUUACUCCUGUGGAGGCCCGUAGUCAGAGAAUGGAAAGUCUUCAAGGUGUGACAGACGUGCCACGCUUCGACGAACUGCUGAAGCAAAUAGAAACAGGCACCGAUUCAUCGGCGUGGCGGAAACAUGAGGUAGUUUCUGUGACCUUGAAACAGCUGAAAGAAUUGCGCGCAGAGUUAUUCAAGCAAGGAGAGAAAGUCAAAAAAAAUGAAUGGUUACAAGAAAUUAGGGAGGAUCACUCAGAGCGUCUGACUUCUGCUAGUAGCCCUGCACAAACAGAAGAAAAUCACAGUCAACCAGGCGACCACGCGGCCGACUCGAAUGAAAAAGGAAUAAUCCAGCUGGUCGGUAAUCAAGUCCAAAACGUCGCAGGAUUGGGGGGGCAGGCCGUCGGCACUAUCUUCAGCACAGGGGCGGGUGUCAUCACCUCGGUCGCGGGGAAUGUGGCGGCCACCAGGAACUUUGUUAUUGAGGGCGGGAUCAAGAGGUCUGCUGCGGCUGGCGCACAGGCCAUCUUCGGAAAGGAGCCAGGAUCAGUCUCUUCCACCGUCGGGAGUGUUCUCCAAAUUCCAGGAAAGAUAGCAGGGAAGCCAUAUAAUCUGUUGAAGAAGACAUUCGUCGGGGACAAGCACUCCUCGUGA